AUGAAGGUGUGUGUCAAAUUGGUGCGCAUUGAGUUGAUCCAGGAUUUCGAAUUCAACCAGUCCUGUCAAAAGAUCAAGGUGUCAAGAGACGGAAACUACAUUGUUGCAAGCGGAGUUUAUCCUCCCAUGGUAAAGUGCUUCGAGACGCAGCAGAUGAGCGAGAAGUUCCGACGUCAUUUAGAGUGCGAGAUUGUCCAAUUUCAGUUUUUGUCGGACGAUUUCAGCAAGUUUGCCUUCCUUCUCGCGGACAGAACGCUCGAAUUCCACGCACGGUACGGAUUUCACUACCGUACUCGCAUUCCCAAGUUCGGGCGAGACAUCACCUAUCAUCGUGAGCGAUGCGAGCUCUACGCGGUGGGCAGCAGUCCGGAGAUCUACCGUCUGGAUCUGGAGCAAGGAACGUUCAUGUCUCCGAUCCCUGCGCACUGCGCCGAGCUGACCCAAAUCGUUCUCUCCCCCGUGCACCAAAUGCUGGCCGUGGGGAACAUCCAAGGCGAGGUGGAGUGCUACGACUCGCGCAGUCGCGACUGCCUGCAGUGCGUGAAGAUCUUCGACUCGGAGACGCGCGCCAUUCGCUUCCGCGACGACGGCAUGCAGAUGGCCGUCGGCAGCGAGACCGGUGUCGUCAAGCUCUUCGACAUCCGCAGCAGCCGGCCGCUCCUCGAGUUCGAGCACGCCUACGAGACGCCCAUCACGAGCCUCAAAUUCGCGGGCGAUCAUCUCCUCUCUUCGGAUCGGAAAACGCUCCGCAUCACCGACCUCCACACCCGCGAAGCGCUCUGCACGCUGGAGCCGGACGCGCCGAUCAACCACAUGAACGUCGUUCCGCAGAGCGGACUGCUCUUCGUGGCCGCCGAGCAGCCCAAGGUGCUGGCGUUCUUCGUCCCCGCGCUGGGCCCCGCGCCGAAGUGGUGCUCGUUCCUGGACAAUCUCACGGAGGAGCUGGAAGAGCAGAGCGCGGGCGUGUACGAGGACUACAAAUUCGUGACGCGGCAGGAGCUGGCGGAGCUGGGGCUGGAGCAUCUGAUCGGAACGGAUCUGCUGCGCGCGUACAUGCACGGCUAUUUCAUGGACAACAAGCUGUAUGAGCGGUCGAAGGUGGUGGCGAAGCCGUCGAUGUACGAGGAGUAUCAGAAGGAAAAGAACCGCCAGCGCGAAGAAAAGCGGAAGGAGAAGCGGAUCACGAUGAAGCAGAAGAAGACGGGCGUGAACGCGGAGCUCGCAGAAAAGUGGGAGAGCGGGAAGAAGGCGGUGGACGAGCGAUUCAGCGCGCUGUUCGAGAACGGAGACUACGAGAUCGAUAAGAAUAGCGAGGAGUAUCGAAGAGCGCACGCGAGCGAAAUGCGAGGAAAGAAAAAGGCAGCGGUGGAAGAAGCGGAAGAAGAAGAAGAAGAAGACAGCGAGGAAGCGAUGCUGGGAGAGGACUUUGAUUUGCUGGAUACGCAUGAUGCGAUGAUUGCGAAGAAGAACGCGAAGAGGGAAAGCGAAAAAAGCGAGGAGAGCGAAGAGAGCGAGGAAAACGAGGAGAAAAGAGAAAAGACGGCGAGUCGGAAGGAGCGAGAAGAAAAGGAGCGGAUUAAGCCGAAAGUGAGAUUCUAUGGAGUGAAAGAGGGAAGCAAGAUUCAAAUCCCAACAAGCAAGAACGAGAUGAAGAAGGAGGUGGAAAAGAGAAAGGAGAGAAGGACAAUGUCACUGGGACAAAGAGCGAAAGCGAACGAACGAAAAGGAAGAAAGUAG